UCCGUCGUUUACAACACUGCCCUGGCAGUAUCCAAAUAAAAUACGAGCAUAUUUAUUUAUUUGGUUUUUGAGUUAAAAAGCGGGCAAAAAGAUGUCGUUUUUAGCGCAAACUGUGCGCCAGGUGCUUCGACAAGUGCCCCAUCGCAAUUCGUCAUUAACAGGUGCCAUGCGCUCGCUGAGCAUUUCGCCGGCUUUUAAACAACAAAAUAAACCGGCCACCGAAUCGGUUGAUAUAUCCGCCAUAGCCAAGGAUCAGCAAAAGGAGGGACAGGACAUCUGCGAGCGGAUCAACCGACAGGUGGCCAAAUCCGAGCAGGGACGGCUAUUCGCAGUGGUGCAUCUGUGCGGCAAGCAAUUUAAAGUAACUCCCGGCGACAUUGUCCUGGUCGAAGGAUACUGGCCUCCAACGACGGGCGAUGAGAUCAGUCUGGACAAGGUACUCCUAGCCGGCGCCCGGGAUUUCACGCUCGUGGGCAGGCCCAUCCUGGAACCUGGACUCGUGGCCGUGAAGGCCACCGUGGUGGAGAAGACCCUCAGCCACACGAAGACCCACUUCCGGAAGAAGCGCAGGAAGCAGUACAUGCGCAUCAACUUCCAGCGAUCCCCGCACACCAUGCUCCGGAUCAAUUCGAUCGAACUGGCUCGUCCCGUGGAUGGGAAAAGCGAGGCGCAGGAGUCCUCGAAGCGCGUCUUUUAGUUUAAAUGCUGUUAAUCAAGAAAAAUAAAUCAAAUCGUUGGAAGGUAA